GGUUGGUUUCUCUCUUCUUGCUCUGGAUUCUCAUCUGUCUCUCUUCCUUUUUUAUGAUGUGCACUUCUCUUUCUAACUCCAUCACCUCAUCUUACGCCGCUUCCUCUUCCGCUCCUGUCCUGCAAUCAGAGAAGUUGCAUGCCUCGUCUGAUGAAAAUUGGCUGCUAAAGACAAAGGGGCAAGAAGUCGCCUUAUGCUUAAAUGGAUGCAGUCUAUUUCUUGUUGGAAUGAUGGGAGCUGGAAAAACAACGACGGGCAAGAUUUUAUCAGAAGCACUAGGUUAUACUUUUGUGGACAGUGACAAAUAUGUAGAGCAAGCUACUGGUGGCAUUAGUGUGGCCCAUAUAUAUGAGCAGUACGGCGAGAAUUUCUUCAGAGAUUUUGAGAGUGAGGCAUUGCAUAAGCUAUGUUUAGUUCCUCAGCAAGUUGUUGCUACAGGUGGUGGUGCGGUUGUUCGGCCAGUAAACUGGAAAUAUAUGAGCCAAGGAAUAACUGUAUUCUUAGAUGUACCGUUGGACACAUUGGCAAAGAGAAUUGCUGCAUUAGGGACUGAUUCUCGUCCUCUGCUUCAUUUUGAUUCUGGGGAUUCUUACAAAAAGGCUUUUAUGGGACUUCUUGCUCUUUCGAAAAACCGAUUUCAGGCCUAUUCUGAUGCGGAUAUAACUGUCUCCAUUUCACAUCUUGCGGACAAUCUGGGCGCUCAGGAUGUGUCUGAUCUUGAACCAGCUACUAUCGCACUUGAGGUUCUUAAACAAAUUCAGAACUAUCUACGGGGCAACAAGAACUCCAUCAAAAAACUUUCCUAAACUUCCAGAUUUUUCUAUGAUUUGUUCUGCAAAUUUUAAGUUACUUGGUAGACUUUUAAUCUGCAAGUCUAGAAACAAGUCAUAACCUUCAGCAACAAAAAAAUUCAGAAUAUUUUAGGUUUGCUUUCGAAAUUAAAAUAAAAUGCAAUUCAUGAAAAUAAAUAGAGUUUCCGUUUCUGUUUGAGGAGAAUGGAACAUUAAAAGAUUUUUGCCUAUAUUCCAGAAAUUUGUACAACCAAGUGCCCCCAGCUUCUAUGAUUCUCUUCCUCUACUCGUUCAACAUAAACAGUUGCCAAGUGGUUUAAUUCUGUUGUGUGUGUGUGUGUGUGUGUGUGUGUGUGUGUGUGUAUUCACAACAAAGACACUUUCUUGUCUGGAAGCCAAAUUGACAUCACAGAAACAUCCUCCUGAUAGUCCUAGCAGUGGCACGGGAAAUCAACCUUCCAGCAAUAUCAGCCGGCAACAGAAGCACCUGCUGUUGCAGCUGUGGUGGGAGCUGCC